CCAUCGCGACCUCGAACCGGUCUCGCAGGUCGCAAACAACCGUUUCGGUCCGCGCAAAGACCAUUCAAGAGAGCAGCUGCCUAUCGACCACCCGUGCUGCACCGCCUGGCGGCGGCAUUCACCACGAUAAUGCUGCCCUCAUCUGUGCGGCGAGUCGCCGCUGCGGCGCCGCAGUCGCCCGCCGUGUCGUCGCUGACGUCCUCCGUCCCGCGAGCCGCCGUCGCCUACAGCCUGCCAUACAAGCGUAACAGCCUCCACCAGCGCCGUUACUCCUCUUCAAAACCGUCCAGUCCGGAUGGCGGGUCCCGAGACUUCGCCGCCCGGCCCUCAGUGCCUGCAUCGAGAGGGUCGAAGUCGGAGAAGUCCAAGGCCCAGGCAAAGGAGGCUGUCCCGCAGCCACCCAGCGUCCCCAGUACUAGGCACAUCGGGGACGAAGGCCUUGCACUCUCGACCUUCUUUGCCCUCCACCGUCCGAUCUCCGUCACGCAGCUGCUGCCCAGGACCGUGUCGGACCAAGCCUUUGCCCAGAUAUUCAGCCCAAAGGCGCGGAAUAACAGGGUAGGCGAGGUGCUCUCGACGCUGUCACAAACGGUCCACGACCUGGAGGAGCCCCUGUCGAGAAUGAGCAUUGCCAACGGGGAGAAGCAGCGGCCGCACGAAGCCCAGGAGGCCGAAGACGGGAUGACCAAGCUCAGCUUGAAGCACGCCGACGGUACCGAGACGAACGUGUACCUCCAGCUCAACGCCAUGUCGGGCCACUACCUGCCGUACACGCCGCCGCCCCCGCCCACCCCCGUCGUGCCGGCCGCCGAGACGACCGGAGCCGAGGUCGAAGCCGACGCAGCCAACAGGGCGAUCGCCGAGGAGCUGACGGAGCAUGAGCCGCAGACGCGCGUGUACAAGGCCAUGGUGACCAUCGAGGAGACGGUCGACGCGGACGGGCAGUACAAGGUGGUGGCGCACAGCCCGGAGCUAGUCGAGGAGGAUGCACCGCCGCGGUCCUUCCUGGAGCGCAUGGCGUGGCGCCAGCUGCGGUACGACGAGGCGCGCCGGCAGCAGGACCGCGCCAUGCAGGCCAUCAGCGUGCGCCGCCAGCGCAAGCUGCGCAUGAAGAAGAAGAAGUACAAGAAGCUGAUGAAGAGGACGAGGAACUUGCGGAGGAAGCAGGAUCGUUUGUGAGGAGUGGGCCAUCACCAUCUAUCCCUAUGUGUAAAUAUCCCCCUCUUUACCGUUUUCCGCUUUCAUUUUUCUCGCUUGUCUAGAGACCGUGGAGUCCUGGUGUACGGCUAAAUCCAACGCAUAACUUCCGGCUCUUUCGCUGUCAUUGAGUUUUUCUGUGGCAUCUUCAUCGUUCACAUG